GCACCCGGCAUCACUAUGAACAUGCACGCACUGAGAAAUGCAGGAGUGCAUCAAACUCAACAACCGUCGAUCCGCUUUAAAAGGGAAUCGAGAAUGAUUAUUGGCAAAGCCCGCUCAAAAGAA